AUGCUGCACCAAGUCCUGCACGAGAUUGAAUUAGAAAGCCAGGAAGCACAGUUACAGAAUGAAAAACGAUGGUUUUCAUGGAUGUUCUCUAAUAAAGUACCCCCUAUUCCCAUUGAAGAAGAAAGACAGUUUUAUCCAUGGAAAAUCACUAAUCUAUUCAUGAGAAUGGGAUUCUGGUGGAUAUGGCCAAUAUUGAAGAAAGGUUACCUUCGUACAUUAUACCCCGAUGACUUAUUCAAAUUAACACCCGAACUUACAGUUCAACAAUUACAUGGCCAAUGGGAACAACAUUUGGAGAAAAUCAUAACAUCAGCAGAAACAUCAUAUAAAAUGAAGCAUCCAGAUUUAUCUGGGUUCAAAUGGCCUCAUUAUGCCAUUCCAUAUGCAUUAUUCUUGACAUUCAAAUGGCAAUACUUAUUUUCCAGUCUUUGUCUUUCUCUUGCUUUUGUAUGCACCACAUUAUCUCCCUUGCUUACCAGAAGACUAAUUGAUUACGUUGAAUACAAAUAUUUUGGCCUUGAAACAAGUAUUGGCAAAGGUGUCGGGUACACUUUAGCUUCAGUUGUGCUUAUCUUUAUCAAUGGUUUGUUGUUGAACCAUUUCUUUCACAAUGCUAUGAUUUGUGGUGCUCAAGCAAAGACAAUUUUAACCAAGGCACUUUUAUUAAAAUCAUUUCAUUUGUCCAAUAAAUCCAGACACAUGUUUCCAGUAGGGACUAUUACUUCAUUAAUGAGUACAGAUUUGAGUAGAAUUGAUUUGGCUAUUGGAUUCCAACCAUUGAUUUUAUGUUUCCCUAUCCCAGUGGUGCUUUCAAUUGUAUUAUUGUUAACAAAUAUUGGCACCCCUGCAUUAACCGGUAUUGUUUUAUUCGUGGUUUCCUUAAUUGUCUGUGUUUUGUUGACGAGAAAGUUGUUUAAGACCAGACAAAGAGUAGUUGAGUACACUGACAAGAGAGUAUCACUCAUGAGACAAGUAUUGAACAAUUUGAAAAUCAUCAAAUACUAUGCCUGGGAAUUAGCAUACAAAUUAGCCAUCACCAAAGUCCGUCAACAAGAGAUGAAAUAUUUAUUUACCAUCAAAGUAUUAAGAAACUUCAUUACUGCUUAUGCCGUUACCUUACCUGUUUUAACAUCCAUGAUUUCUUUCGUCACCAUGUGGGCUACCCAUUCCAUGAAAUCACCAGGUCAAGUUUUUUCAUCGUUAAGUUUAUACUCAAUUUUAGCUCAAGCUAUUAUGUUGCUACCAAUUGCUUUAGCUACUGGUGCUGAUGCUUUAAUUGGGUUCACCCGUUGCAAAGAAUACUUAUCUGCUGAAGAAUUUACUCAGCCAUUACACGAUAAGUUGUUGGCACAAGAAGAGAAGUUCUUUACUGGGUUUGACAAUGAUAAUGCUGUUGUUAAUAUUAAUCAUGGUAAUUUUGUUUGGGAAACAUAUGACAAUGAAUUAGACGACAAGUUAUGGGGAGAUAACAAGGAGAAGGAGGACCACAAAAAAGAAGUUUCAGGUGAAAAAGAUGCCCAUUCAGUCAACGUUUAUACCGAGUCUGUGGAUACUACUUCUAUAUUCUCCAGUCAAGUAAUAUUCCCGGGCUUAGUCGAUAUCAAUCUUUCCAUCAAACAAAAUGAAUUCAUAAUUGUCACCGGGGUGAUUGGUUCCGGUAAAACAUCCCUUUUGCAUGCAUUGGCAGGCACAAUGAAAUUGACCAGUGGAGUUCGUAGCGUCACCAAAGACCAUUUACUUUGUGCUACACCUUGGAUUCAGAAUGCAACUGUAAGAGAAAAUAUUGUGUUUGGUAAAGAAUUUGAUCCUAUCAAAUACAGUCAAGUCAUACAUGCUUGUGCUUUGGAAGACGAUUUGAAAACAUUACCUGCUGGUGACAAUACUGAAAUUGGUGAACGUGGUGUCACAUUAUCUGGUGGUCAAAAGGCUAGAAUCAACUUGGCCAGAGCUUGUUAUACCGAUGCUGAAAUUUUGUUGUUUGAUGAUGUCAUUUCUGCUGUUGAUUCCCGUGUGGGUAGACAUAUCGUCAAUCAUUUGUUUAAAGGAUUGUUAAAGGAUAAGACUAUUGUAUUGGCUACUCAUCAAUUAGGUAUACUUGAAUGUGCUGACAAAAUUGUGUUUUUAAAUGGCGAUGGUACUAUUGACGUUGGUACAAUUGAACAAUUGAAAGUUAGAAAUCAUGGAUUUUAUAAGUUACUUGAAUAUUCAAACAGUGAAAAGAAUGAAGAAACUAAUGAAACUCAAAUCUCCACCAGCUCAAUGGAACAAUUUACUUCAGAUGAAGGUGCCAGAACAACUACUGACGAAGAACGCGCCACUAAUGCUAUUUCUUGGAAUAUCUAUAAACGUUAUAUCGAGUUGGGUCAAGGUAUCUUUGGUAAGUUUGCCAUUCCAAUCUUUUUAGUCCUUGUUGUGAUUGCUACUUUCUGUCAAGUAUUUACCAACACCUGGUUAUCUUUCUGGGUGGAAAAGAGGUUCCCUGGUAAAACCGAUAAUUUCUAUGUCUCCAUUUACGUCAUGUUUGCUGUCUUAACUGUCAUAUUCACUGCUAUUGAAUUCACCAUGUUGGCAUAUAUGCAAAACCAAUCGGCACAAAUUUUGAAUGUUAAAGCAGUGGCUAAAGUUUUGCAUGCACCAAUGAGUUAUUUGGAUACGACACCAAUGGGAAGAAUCCUUAACAGAUUUACUAAAGAUACCGAUUCCUUGGACAAUGAGAUUGGUGAACAAAUGAGAUUGUUUAUAUUCCCCUUGGCUUUGAUUAUUGGUAUCAUGAUUCUUUGUACUUGUUACUUGCCUUAUUUUGCCAUUGCUGUUCCAUUCCUUACCCUUGGAUUUGUAUUUUUAGCUAACUUCUACCAAGGUUCAUCUAGAGAAAUCAAACGAUUAGAGGCAACACAAAGAUCAAUGGUGUACAACAACUUCAAUGAAACAUUGACUGGUAUGGCAACGAUCAAGUCCUUCCUGGCUGAAGCUGAUUUUAUUGCCAAGAAUGACUAUUAUUUGAACAAGAUGAAUGAAGCUUACUUUUUGACUAUUGCCACUCAAAGAUGGUUAUGCGUACAUUUGGAUAUCAUUACUUCGAUCUUUGCUUUGAUUAUCUGCAUGUUGUGCAUUACUGAACAAUUCAAUAUUAGUGCUUCAUCCACAGGGUUACUUUUAUCCUAUGUUAUUCAAAUUGUUGGUUUGUUGUCAUUGACAAUUAGAUCCAUGACUCAAGUUGAAAAUGAAAUGAAUUCUGUGGAAAGAGUACAUGAAUAUGCAUUCAACUUGCCCCAAGAAGCUCCCUAUAAAGUAGAUCGUCCAGGCAUACCACCAAUUGAUUGGCCAUGUUCAGGAUACAUCAAAUUCAAUAAUGUUCAACUUAGAUAUAGACCAAACUUGCCUUUGGUUUUAAAUGGACUUGAUGUGAGUUUCUACCCCGGUGAAAAAGUUGGUAUUGUUGGUAGGACCGGUGCUGGUAAAUCAUCAAUCAUGACAGCACUUUAUCGUUUAGUUGAAUUGGAAAACGGUAGUAUUGAAAUUGAUGGAAUGGAUAUUUCUAAAUUGGGAUUGUAUGAUUUAAGAUCUAGAUUGUCUAUUAUCCCACAAGAUCCGAUCUUAUUCCAAGGUACAAUUAGAAGUAACCUUGAUCCAACCAACGAAUACGACGAUGAUGCCUUAUGGUCAGCAUUAGCUCGAGCAGGACUUACUGACCACCAUACCCGGUUUGAACCAGAACACAAGUUCCAUUUGAAUCAAAAAGUGGAAGAUGAUGGAAUCAACUUCUCCCUCGGUGAAAAACAACUUAUUGCAUUAUCCCGAUCAUUAAUUAAACAACUGAAGAUUCUUGUUCUUGAUGAAGCUACUUCGUCAGUGGAUUUUGAAACUGAUUAUAAGGUUCAACAAACAAUUGCCAAGGAAUUCAACCAUUGCACUAUACUAUGCAUUGCUCAUCGUUUAAAGACAAUUUUGAAGUAUGAUAGGAUUAUCGUAAUGGAUCAAGGUAAGAUUAUCGAAAAGGGUGUACCCUCACUUCUUUACAAACAAGAUGGUGUAUUCAAAUCAAUGUGUGACAAAGCUAAUAUUAAUCUCAGUGAUUUCGCAUAG